GUCACCGGCUAAACUCAGGCACCUCAACAACACGCGUUGUGUACAAAUCAACCCCGUGUACGACCGGCUAUAGCCGGUAAUCCAGAUUAUUGUACUUGUGAAUCCAGAUCUUCAAUUCGGGGCAUAAAUGUCUCACGUGGGGCCUCUUUGGGAGCGUUUGGUUCGUGCUGCGCUUCGAAGGGAGAGAACAGGAAUUGAUGCUUAUGGGCGGCCAGCUGGUGGCAUUGCUGGAAAUGUUCCAUCUUCACUUUCAAACAGUAGGGACAUAGAUCCCAUUUUAAGAGCAGCUGAUGAAAUACAAGAUGAAGAUCCCAACAUCUCUCGAAUAUUAUGUGAGCAUGCUUAUACACUUGCUCAAAAUCUAGAUCCUAACAGUGAAGGUAGAGGUGUGCUACAGUUUAAAACCGGUUUGAUGUCAGUAAUCAAGCAAAAACUAGCAAAGAGGGAGGGUGCUGACUUUGACCGAAGUCAAGACAUAACUCGCUUGCGUGAUUUCUAUAAGCAUUACAGAGAAAGAAACAACGUAGACAAACUACGCGAGGAGGAAAUGGAAUUGAGGGAAUCGGGUGCUUUUAGUGGAAACUUUCAAGAACUAGAACGCAAAACCCUGAAGAGAAAAAAGGUUUUUGCAACUCUUAAAGUAUUGGGAACUGUAUUAGAGCAGCUUUCUAAGGAAGUUUCUCCUGAGGAAGCAGAAGGGUUAAUUCCCGAAGAGUUAAAACAAGUGAUGGAAGCUGAUGCAGCUAUGACAGAAGACCUGAUUGCCUAUAAUAUUAUUCCUCUUGAUGCUCCUGCUUUGACAAAUGCUAUCACCUCGUUCCCCGAGGUACGUGCUGCAGUAGCAUCGUUGAAGUACUUUAGAGAUCUCCCGCAAUUGCCAGGAAAUUUUCAGAUACCUGCUACUAGGAGUGCUGAUGUUCUCGAUUUUCUGCACUAUAUUUUUGGAUUCCAGAAAGGUAAUGUGUCGAAUCAACGGGAGAAUAUAGUUAAUCUUCUUUCAAACGAGCAAAUUCGACUUGGGACUCCUGACGAACAUGAACCGAAACUGGAUGAGACUGCUGUGGAGAAUGUCUUUCUGAAGUCUCUUGAUAACUACAUCAAGUGGUGCAACUACUUGGGUAUCCCGCCAAUGUGGAGCAAUAUGGCUGUGAGCAGGGAAAAGAAAUUACUUUUUGUCUCUCUGUACUAUUUGAUAUGGGGUGAAGCUGCCAAUGUUAGAUUUCUUCCAGAAUGCUUAUGCUACAUAUUCCAUCGUAUGGGGGAAGAAUUGGAUGAGAUACUGCAUCAGCAACUUGCAAAACCAGCAGCCAGUUGUGUUACUGAAAAUGGUGUUUCAUUUCUUGAACAAGUCAUCUGCCCACUUUAUAAUGUUAUUGCUGCGGAGGCUAACAACAAUGAAAACGGAAAGGCCCCUCAUUCCGCAUGGAGAAAUUAUGAUGAUUUCAAUGAAUACUUCUGGUCCCGUAGUUGUCUUAAACUUGGUUGGCCUCUAGACACUAAUUCAUCGUUCCUUUUGCGGCCAUCACCAAGGUCAAAGAAUCUGUUGAAAACCAAUGCCACUAAGCGUCGUGGAAAGACUUCAUUCGUUGAACACAGGACAUUUUUUCAUCUUUAUCAUAGUUUUCACCGCUUGUGGAUAUUCCUUUUCAUGAUGUUUCAGGCACUUGCAAUAAUAGCAUUCAAUGAUGGAGAUCUCGACUCCAACACAUUACGCUUACUGCUUAGUCUAGGCCCUACAUUUUUUGUUAUGAAGCUUUUUCAAAGUGCCUUGGACAUUGUGAUAAUGUAUGGUGCCUAUUCGACAACAAGACUUCUGGCGGUUUCAAGGAUUUUUGUUCGCUUCAUUUGGUUUACCUUUAUUACCAUUUUUAUAUGCUUCCUUUAUGUGAAAGGUCUCCGGGACACAACUAAUUCAAUUUCAGGGUCGAUUGUUUUCAAAAUAUAUAUAAUUGUUUUAGGCAUCUAUGCUGGAAUUCAAUUCUUUUGGAGCUCUAUGUCACGGAUACCAUCAUGUCACCGUUUGUUCAACCGGUGCGAUAAUUCGUCUGUAGUUCGUUUAGUCAAGUGGAUUCAUCAGGAACAUUAUUAUGUUGGACGUGGCAUGUAUGAAGCAACAACUGAUUAUAUCAUGUAUAUGCUUUUUUGGCUUGUUGUAUUGGGUGGAAAGUUUGCGUUUGCCUAUUUUCUUCAGAUCAAACCCUUGGUGGAACCGACAAGGACCAUAAUUGAUAUUAAAGAUGUACGUUAUUCUUGGCAUGAUUUCGUAUCGAAAAACAACCAUAAUGCCUUGACUAUUGCUAGCUUGUGGGCACCUGUGUUUAGUAUCUAUCUGUUAGACAUCCACAUCUUUUAUACAAUUAUAUCUGCUGUCGUGGGAUUCUUGCUUGGAGCUAGAGAUCGUCUUGGAGAGAUUAGGUCUUUGGAUGCUGUCCACAAACUCUUUGAGAGGUUUCCUGAAGCAUUUAUGGAUAAUCUUCACAUUCCUCUAUCUACCAGGACGUCCCUUACAUUAACCAAUCAGGUUCAGGAGAAAAAUAAGUUUGAUGCUGCUCGAUUUGCACCCUUUUGGAACGAGAUAGUGAAAAAUCUGCGAGAAGAAGAUUAUAUCACUAAUUUGGAAAUGGAAUUGCUUCAAAUGCCAAAAAACACUGGCUUUGUUCAUAUGGUUCAAUGGCCUCUUUUUCUUCUAGCCAGCAAGAUAUUCGUUGCUAAAGAUAUGGCCGCAGAGAGUGACUCACAAAUAGAACUGUGGGAAAGGAUUUCGAGAGACGAUUACAUGAAAUAUGCAGUUGAAGAGUGUUAUUACACCAUCAAGCUGAUUUUGACCUCAAUUUUUGACAAUGAUGGCAAAGAGUGGGUUAAUAGAAUAUAUGAUGACAUUCGAGGAAGUAUAGUGAAAGGAGACAUUUAUUCAGACUUCCAACUGAAGAAACUGUCUCUUGUUAUUCAGAAAGUUACUGCACUUACGGGAAUUUUGAAAGAAGUUGGGACACCUGAACUGGAGACUGGUGCGAUUAAUGCUGCGCUAGAUCUUUAUGAUGUUAUCCAGCUUGAUUUUUUUAGUGUGAAUAUGAGAGAAAAUUAUGCCACAUGGAGUAUGUUGAUAAAGGCACGGAAGGAAGGCCGUUUGUUUUCAAAGAUUAAGUGGCCAAGAGACCCUGAAUUGAGGUUACAAAUUCGGAGGCUACACUCACUAUUCACUAUCAAAGAUUCAGCAGUAAACGUCCCUAGAAACCUAGAGGCUAGACGUAGGUUGGAGUUCUUCACAAAUUCACUUUUCAUGAACAUGCCUAGACCUAAACCUGUUCGGGAAAUGUCAUCUUUCAGUGUUUUUACUCCGUAUUAUUCGGAGACUGUUCUUUAUAGCAUCAACGAGCUUCUUAAGAAAAAUGAAGAUGGGAUUUCAAUUUUGUUUUACCUCCAAAAGAUUUAUCCAGACGAAUGGAAAAACUUUCUUGCUCGAAUUGGCCGCGAUGAAAAUACACACGAGUCAGUUCUUAUUGAGAAUGAAGAUGAUAACCUUGAACUUAGGUUUUGGGCAUCAUAUCGUGGACAAACGUUGUCAAGAACCGUUCGAGGAAUGAUGUACUACCGAAAAGCUCUAAUGCUUCAAGCUUAUUUGGAAAGAAUGACUGUUGGAGAUAUCGAAGCUGCAGUUCCUGCUAAUGAAGCAACUGAUACUAAAGGAUUUGAGUUUUCUCCCGAAGCGCGAGCUCAUGCUGACCUUAAAUUUACUUACGUUGUCACGUGUCAAAUAUACGGGAAACAAAAAGAAGAGCAAAAGCCCGAGGCUGCUGAUAUUGCACUGUUACUGCAAAGAAAUGAAGCACUUCGAGUUGCGUUCAUUGAUGAGGUGGAGACUUUGGCUGGUGCUGGUGAAGUUCAAAAAUCCUACUUCUCUAAACUUGUGAAAGGUGAUAUCAACGGGAAAGACAAGGAAGUUUAUUCUAUAAAAUUGCCGGGGAACCCAAAACUUGGUGAAGGAAAACCCGAAAAUCAAAACCAUGCGAUCAUCUUUACACGUGGAAAUGCGGUCCAAACAAUCGAUAUGAAUCAGGAUAAUUAUUUUGAGGAAGCUUUAAAGAUGAGAAAUCUUCUAGAAGAAUUCCAUGCUAAUCACGGUAUCCGUUCUGCUACCAUUCUUGGUGUUAGGGAGCAUGUAUUUACAGGAAGUGUUUCUUCUUUAGCAUCUUUCAUGUCCAAUCAAGAAACUAGUUUUGUAACUCUUGGCCAGCGUGUUCUCGCAAGUCCCUUAAAGGUUCGCAUGCAUUAUGGGCAUCCUGAUGUGUUUGAUAGAGUGUUCCACAUAACACGUGGUGGUAUUAGCAAAGCCUCACGUGUCAUCAACAUUAGUGAAGAUAUUUUCGCUGGAUUUAAUUCAACUUUGAGGCAAGGAAACAUCACUCAUCAUGAAUAUAUUCAAGUUGGAAAGGGAAGAGAUGUCGGGUUGAAUCAAAUCGCUCUAUUUGAGGGUAAAGUGGCUGGCGGGAAUGGCGAGCAGGUUCUUAGUAGAGACAUUUACCGACUCGGACAGCUGUUCGAUUUCUUCCGGAUGCUUUCGUUCUACUUUACAACCGUUGGAUUCUAUUUUUGUACCAUGUUAACCGUGAUUACGGUGUGGCUUUUUUUAUAUGGAAAGUUAUAUUUGGCGUUAUCUGGAGUUGGUGAAGAUAUUCAAAACAGAUCCAAUGUGUUAGACAACAAAGCUUUAACUGCAGCUUUGAAUACACAGUUUCUGUUUCAAAUUGGUGUAUUUACGGCUAUACCCAUGGUUUUGGGCUUUAUUUUAGAGCAAGGUUUCUUAAGGGCUGUUGUUAGUUUCAUCACAAUGCAAUUUCAGCUUUGUACUAUUUUCUUCACAUUUUCGUUGGGCACGAGAACACAUUACUUUGGACGGACCAUUCUUCAUGGUGGUGCAAAGUAUCAUGCUACUGGACGGGGAUUUGUUGUGCGCCAUAUCAGAUUUGCGGAGAAUUAUAGGCUUUAUUCACGUAGUCAUUUUGUCAAGGGAUUGGAAGUGGUUCUAUUGUUAGUGGUCUACCUUUCUUAUGGGUACAAUGAAGGCAUAGUAGGCUACGUUCUUCUUAGUGUUAGCAGUUGGUUCAUGGCACUUUCAUGGCUUUUUGCUCCACAUUUGUUCAAUCCAUCAGGGUUUGAGUGGCAAAAGACGGUCGAGGACUUCCGGGAUUGGACAAAUUGGCUCUUUUAUCGAGGAGGAAUUGGUGUCAAAGGAGAAGAAAGUUGGGAAGCAUGGUGGGAUGAAGAAAUGUCUCAUAUCCGAACACUUGGAGGAAGGCUUAUGGAGACUAUUUUGAGCCUGCGGUUUUUCAUCUUCCAGUAUGGAGUUAUUUACAAAUUGGAUGUGCAAGGAUCAAAUACGUCACUAUCGGUGUAUGGAUUUUCAUGGCUAGUGCUUCUGGGACUUAUAUUACUUUUUAAGAUUUUCACAUUCAGCCAGAAAAUAUCAGUCAAUUUCCAACUGAUCUUGCGAUUUAUACAAGGCGUAGCGUUCAUGCUAGCAAUCGCGGGUAUCGCGGUUGCUGUUGUACUUACUGACCUUUCUAUUACCGACAUAUUUGCAUCCAUCUUGGCCUUCAUACCCACCGGUUGGGGUAUACUUUCGAUCUGUGUGGCUUGGAAACCCGUGGUGAAAAAGACGGGAUUAUGGAAAUCGAUACGGUCUCUUGGUCGGUUAUACGAUGCGGGAAUGGGCAUGCUGAUAUUCAUUCCCAUUGCUUUUUGUUCAUGGUUUCCUUUCAUCUCGACCUUCCAAACCCGAUUAAUGUUUAAUCAGGCUUUCAGUAGAGGUUUGGAAAUCUCGCUAAUUCUUGCAGGAAACAACCCGAAUUCUGGUUUAUAGUUCUUUAUGUCGGCUUUUGUACAUGUAGAGUGCUUAAUUUUUGACAUAGUAGUUGUUCAGUGAGAUCUUUGAUUUGCAGUUUGUAUAAAACAUUGUGUUGUAAAUUUAGUCGUAUUCAGCGAAUCUUAAACACUGAAUGUGUGCUAUUCUUUUGGUACCAUCUUUCUUUUGUGAUC